AUGAGCAAAGGCAGCCUCUACAGAAUGCCUGCCCUGAGGAAUGCCUUUCUGUCUGAAAUUGGCAUUGGGAUCUUGGCCAACACUGUCCUCCUCCACGUCCAUGUUUUCUCAUUCCUCUUUGGACACAGACCCAAGCCCAUGGACCUGCCCAUUGCUCUCCUGGCCCUGACCCACCUGCUGUUGCUGCUCAUGGGCUUCAUAGCUACAGAAGUCUUUAUGUCUCUCUGGAGAUUCUGGGAUGAUGUCACCUGUAAAGCCGUCAUCUACCUGUACAGGCUGAUGAGGGGCUUCUCCAUCUGCACCUCCUGCCUGCUGAGUGUCUUUCAGGCCAUCACCCUGAGCCCCAGGGGCUCCCCCUUGGCAAAGUUCAAACCCAGGUCCUCACAGGACAGCCUGAGACCCCUCCUUUUUCUGUGUGUCUUGUACAUGUCCAUUAGUAGCCACCUCUUAGUCUCCAUCGUCGCCACCCCCAACUGAACCUCAGGGGAUCUGAUGUACGCCACCGAAUCCUGCUCCGUUUGGCCCAUCACUUACUAGAUCCAGCAGAUGGUGUUCACCCUGUUUACCUUCCGGGAAGUCUUCCUCAUGGGGCUCAUGGCCCUCUCCAGUGGGUACAUGGUGGCCCUCCUGUGCAGGCAUAAGAGGCAGUGCCAGCACCUACAAAGCACCAGCCUGUCACCAAGAGCCUCCCCAGAACUGAGGGCCACCAGGACCAUCCUGCUGCUCAUGGGACUCUUCAUGCUCAUGUCCAUGUUGGACUACAUCAUUUCCUCCUCGAGAAUUAUAUGGAACAAUGACCAAAUUCUUUAUUGCAUCCAGAUAUUUGUGGCUCAUACCUAUGCCACAAUCAGUCCUUUGAUGUUCAUCUGCACUGAAAAACUCAUAAUUAAUUUUUUCAAGUCCCUAUGGGGAGGUCCUUAA